AUGUCUGUUACAGCUGAUGAAACUGUGGGGGAGCUGCCUGUGAGAGAUGUAGGUUUAACUCCACCUGGAAUUGAAGGAUUACAAGAAUCAUCAACUACAUGGAAUGUAAGAGCUCGACAAGCUGUGUUACGAAUCUCUCGAAAAGAACUGGAAGACAAAUUUCUUCGUUUACAGUCUGAGAACAUCUUACUUAAACAGCAUGCAAAUAAGCAAGAGGAGAAAAUUAAAAGAUUGGCCACCAAGCUAAUACGGCUUGCUAAUGAUAAAAAAAAGUCUGAACAGGUUGGUGGCGGCCCCAGGCGGCUGGGUCAGGCUGUGGAGCUGGAAGAAAUGAUUGAGCGUUUGCAAGAGCGAGUUCGUGAGCUGGAGAAACAGAACGAGAGCCUCCACAGCAAACUCAUUUCAGCUAAACAGCAGCUCCAGAUUCAAGGCCGCAGGCCUCGUCCCUACAGCUAUGUUCAGUCUCGUAUUGACUCUGGUCUCAGAAAAGUGAGCGAGGCUGCUGGCACGCCCGAACACGCAAAGAAAGGAAUGAGAUAUCAAGAUUUAGAAGCGAGAUCACCUAGUGUUGUGCUCCCAAUAAAUGAACAGAGUCUGCUUGAGGAUCCAAGGGCUGAAAUACAAAAUUUGGAGACUGUGAUUGAGUCCCAAAGGGAUCGCAUUGAGAAGCUAGAACGUGCUAGAGACAUACUUGUGAGCCAGCUAAAAAGGAAAGACAAGGAAGCUGAAGAAUCUAUCCUACGGCUGAAAGAGCAGGAAGCAACAAGCCAAAGGUUGAACGUUCGGGACAACCUGGAAAUGAUCAAGGUCCAUAAACAGCUGGCUGAGAAGAGCAAUGCUCUUUCAGCAAUGGAAGAAAAAUUUCUCCAGCUUCAAGAGAACCAAAAAAACUUGAAAACCAGCCAUCAUGCUUUAAUAGCGAAAGGUGAUGAACUGAAUCUGCAGCUUAAAGAGGAGCGGUUAAAGUGCCUUCAGCUUGAAAAAGAACUGCAGUCAGUGACUAUUUCAAACCGAAGGACGGAGGAGUUACAGGAAAGAAUAAAUGAUCUAGAAAAAGAGAAGGAACUCUUGAAGGAAAACUAUGACAAGCUGUAUGACAGUGUCUUCAGUAUGACCUAUGAACAGCAGUGGAAAUUAAAGGAACAGCAACUGAAACUGCAAAUUGCUAAACUAGAGACUGCUAUCAAAUCUGAUUUAGCAGACAAAAAUGAAAUCCUUGACAAGAUCCAAAUAGAAAGAGACCAAAAGGAAAAGCUGAUGCAAGAGAACAAAGACCUGCGUUUAUGCUACCUGGAACAUAAGCAACAACUAGAUGAACUGAAAAAUCACAUGAAUGGUUUGACCAAGGAAAAUGAUAUUGAUGCGGCAGAACUCAGUGAAGCGCUUGUGCUUAUAAAGGUUCGAAAGCAGCAGCAGAAUGGGGACCUUAUGUGUUUGGAAAAAGUAGAAGAUGAUAACCGUAAAGAUCUAGAGCGCUCCCUGCGGGCGUUGCAGUUAACACAUGCGGAAACAGUGCAAGAACUUGAAAAAACAAGGAAUAUGUUAAUUGUGCAGCACAGAAUUAACAAAGAUUACCAGACUGAAGUAGAUACAGUGACACGAAAGAUGGAAAGUCUACAGAAAGACUAUGAGUUAAAACUGGAACAGUAUGUCCAUCUUCUUGAUAUUAGAGCUGCACGCAUCAGGAAGCUGGAAG